UAUAGGAAGGAGACCACCCUUGAAAAACGAAAUGUGGUCAACAUCUUGCAUAUCAAUUCUUCAAGUUAUCCACAAAUUUUAUACAAAUUUUCUACUUUAGGUAAAACAAUUUCUGUGACAGCCUAUAUUUUUCGUUUUUAUUACAAUGCAACUUCUCAACCUCGGCGCUUUGGAAACCUAACAGCCGCAGAGUUGAAAUCGGCAUUCAAUCGUCUGCUAUAUUUGUCCCAACGCUACGAAUAUCAUGAAGAAAUAAAGCAAUUGUUACAAACAGACGCACAUACAAGAACGUUACAUGGGGGUAUACAACUAAUGAUAACUUUCAUUAGGCGAAAUUAUUGGAUACCAAAUGCGCGUAGAAUUGCGGAAACUGUAUUAAAGCGUUGUUUGGUAUGCUUUAGAUAUACAGCGAAAGUAGCAGAACAACUUAUGGGACAAAUUCCAGCGGUUCGAUUGACUCCAGCGCGACCAUUCUUACAUAGCGGCGUCGAUUUUGCUGGUCCAAUUGAUGUACGCCAAUCGUCUCUUCGUAAUGCUAGAACAUCAAAGGGGUAUAUUUGUAUAUUUCUAUGUAUGGUAUCAAAGGCAGUCCACUUGGAAUGUGUCUCCAGUUUAUCUACUGAGGCCUUUAUCGCAGCUUUUCGGCGCUUCAUUUCACGUAGAGGAAAAUGUACGCAACUAUACUCAGAUUGUGGGACAAACUUCGUUGGUGCCAGCAGUCUACUGCACACCAUGCAUCAGCGCAACACAGCAUCAAUACCGGAAGACCUCAGAGCAUGUUUUGCUAGCGAAGGCACAACUUGGAAUUUUAUUCCGCCAGCCUCUCCACACUUCGGUGGUUUAUGGGAAGCUGGGGUAAAAUCCACAAAAUUUCACCUUAAGCGUGUCUUGCAAGACCGCGUUUUGAAUUUCGAAGAGUUGACUACACUUUUAUAUCAAAUAGAAGCUUGCCUGAAUUCGCGUCCUCUUUGUCCGCUCAAUGAAGAUGAGGAAAACUGCGACGCACUUACACCAGGACAUUUUUUAAUUGGAGAACCAACUCUUAAUAUUCCUGAUGAAAACUUACUUGAUUUCGCUACUUCUGGAUUAAGUCGGUGGCGUAUGGUUGAACGCUUAAAACAACACUUUUGGCGUCGCUGGUAUUCGGAGUAUCUCAGUCGACUACAAAGCCGUCCGAAAUGGACCACUACUCGUAUCAAUGCUAAAAUCGGCGACCUAGUUCUGAUGUAUGACGAAAGAUGUCCACCUGGCAGGUGGCCUUUAGCGCGCAUAGUUGAAAUGCAUCCAGGACCUGAUGGACUAACCCGAGUAGUCACUUUGAAAUGUAAAGGAAAAUUUUUCAAGAGACCUAUUCGUAAAAUUUGUUUUCUACCUAACGUGAACCCUUCCAAAUUAACGGAAGAUAGGAUUGUUGAAGGCAGCAACGAUACGGCUGUGAGUCGGGGCACAGCCAUUCAACCUGGCGAUAAACCAAUUACCUCCAACGGCUCUGCUGGAAACAAUUCUAAUUUCUCCGUUUAGUGAAGUACUGUCGUCCUUGGGCCCGGGAAUG